AUGACUGCUCCCACAGCAAUGAAAGUGAUUCUGAUUCUCACCAAGCUGUAUGACUUUCACCUUGGCAGUGUAACGGAAAGCACUUUAUGGAGAUCAACUGAUUAUGGCAGCACUUAUGAGAGGCUGAAUGAUAAAGUGGGAGUCAAGACUGUUUUGAGUUACCUCUACGUCUGCCCCACCAACAAGAGAAAGAUAAUGGUGCUGACUGACCCAGAGUUUGAAAGCAGUGUUCUCAUCAGCUCAGAUGAAGGUGCCAGUUAUCAGAAGUACCGCUUGAACUUCUUUGUCUUAAGUCUUCUUUUCCAUCACACACAAGAGGACUGGGCUUUGGCCUACAGUCAUGAUCAGAAGCUGUAUAGCUCAUUUGACUUUGGUCGAAAGUGGCAGCUAGUUCACGAGCGAGUGACUCCGAACCGCUUCUACUGGUCAGUAACCGGUCUGGACAAGGAUUUAGGUCUGGUACACAUGGAGGCCCACACUCCUGACGGCCAUUGUCAGUAUGUGACAUGCAGAGCUCAAGCCUGCUCUGAAUCCAGUAGGACAUAUCCAUUUUCUGGUUAUAUUGAGACCAACUCACUCGUGGUUCAAGAUGAAUACGUGUUUGUUCAGGUGACGACUACUGGCAGAGCGAGCUACUAUGUGUCCUAUCAAAGAGAACAUUUUGUACGCAUUAAAAUCCCCAAAUACUCCCUGCCCAAGGACAUGCAUAUCGUGAGCACAGAUCAAGGUCAGGUUUUCACCGCCGUCCAGGAGUGGAACCAGAAUGAUACCUACAACCUGUACAUAUCUGACACACGUGGGGUUUACUUCACCUUGGCCCUGGAAAACGUCAGGACCAGCCGUGGUCUCGGAGGCAACAGCAUGAUCGACCUUUACGAGGUAGCAGGGAUUGAAGGUAUGCUCAUCGCUAACAGGAAGGUGGAGAACCAGGUGAAGACGUACAUUACUUACAACAAGGGCCGAGACUGGAGGCUUUUGCAGGCGCCCACUACUGACCUGGCAGGAAAUCCGAUUCAUUGUGUGCUGCCGUUUUGCUCGCUGCACCUACAACUGCAGAUGUCAGAGAACCCAUACCUCUCAGGCUCCAUCUCCACCAAGAGCUCAGCGCCGGGAGUCAUCGUGGCUAUAGGGAAUAUUGGCUCUGAGCUGUCUUACAAUAAUGUGGCGAUGUUCAUUUCAUCAGACGCAGGCAAUAACUGGAGACAGAUUUUUGAGGAAGAGCACAACGUGUGGUUUUUGGACAAAGGUGGAGCUUUGGUUGCCGUGAAGCAGCCCACUGUGCCCACUAGACAUCUUUGGAUCAGCUUUGAUGAAGGUCGUCAGUGGACGCGUCACAGUUUUUCAGCCAUGCCGCUGUUUGUGGAUGGUGUUCUGGUGGAGGCAGGUGCAGAAAAUCAGAUCAUGACGUUUUUCGGACACUUCAGUCAUCGUUCUGAAUGGCAACUUAUCAAAAUUGACUACAAGUCCAUAUUCACCAGAAGGUGCACAGAGGGAGACUACCAAACCUGGCACCUGCAUAACCAGGGUGAGCCGUGCAUAAUGGGUCAAAAGCAGAUCUACAUGAAACGUCGUCCCGGAAAUUACUGCAUGGUGGGAUGGGACAACUCCAGGAUCCUGUCUGCAGAACCCUGCAUCUGCAGAGCACACGACUUUGAAUGUGAUUAUGGUUUUGAGAGAAGAGGGGAUGGAAACUGUCUGCCUGCAUUUUGGUUCAACCUUUCUACGUUGUCUCGAAGCUGUAGCCAAGGGCAAAACUACCUCAACAGCACUGGGUAUCGUAAAGUGGUUGCGAAUAACUGCACAAAAGGAGUGAAGGAGAUGUACACAGCCAGGAAACAGCAGUGUCCGAACCGCCCCCCACGUGGUUUAGUCCUGACAACCCGUGAUGACAAACUCACAGCCAACAUGGGCAGCAAUGUGACCUUCCUGGUGCGGCUAGAGGAGGGCGACUCUAUGAGGACAAACAUUCAGCUGGAUUUUGGAGACGGUACGGCCGUGUCCUACUCCAACCUGAGCUGGACGCAGGAGGGCAUCAGGCACGUGUACCGCAGUGCUGGGAUCUUCAGAGUAACAGUGCAGGCGGAGAACAGCCUCGGGUUCGACUCAUCAUCCCUCUACCUGCAUGUGACAUGUCCUGUGGAGCAUAUUCAGCUGCUGGCUCCAUAUGUGGUCAUUAAGAAUAAGGAGGUGAACUUGACGGCAGUGGUCUGGCCUUCUCAUUUCAGAACGCUCACCUAUUUCUGGUGGCUGGGGAACAACACGGAGCCCAUAAUUACAUUGGACAGCAGUGUUUCCCACACGUUCAGCACCGAGGGCAUGGUCACCGUCACUGUUCAGGUCUCGUCAGGGGACUCUAUACUACAGGACACCAGAAGCAUCGCCAUACAAGAAUUCUUCAAAUCGCUUCUUUUAUCUUUCUCUCCUAAUCUGGACGAGGCCAACCCUGACAUCCCGGAGUGGAGACAGGAUGUGGGUCGGGUAAUUAAGAAGGCUGUUCUCCAAGUCGCUGACAUUCCAGAAGAACAGCUGCUGGUGGCCGUGUUUCCAGGAAUUCCGACUGCCGCCGAACUCUUCCUGCUUCCUCCUCCCAGGAACCAAUCGGAUGGCAGGAAACAGACCGAGGAGGAUCUGGUGCAGAUCUCAGAAAUCCUGGUUAAUGCAUUGAAUCAGAUCUCUGUGGAGUUCGAGUUGAAACCUGGCUCCCGGGUCAUCGUUUACAUCACGCAAUUAACUUUAGCUCCACUGGUUGACUCCAUCCCGAGGCACAGCAGUUCUGCUAUGCUGAUGCUUCUGUCUGUGGUGUUUUUGGGUUUAGCUGUAUUUCUCAUCUACAAAUUUAAGAGAAAAAUCCCCUGGAUUAACAUCUAUGCGGAGGUGAACCAUGAGAAAGAGCAGGAGAUGAUCAGUACGGUGGGCCAGAAUGACACCACACCAAAAAUCACCCUGAGUGAGUUCUCCACCCAGAAAGAACUGAUGGAGAAAGAGCUGGAGGCCCGUGCCAAACGCGGUGUGAUCAACAACUGUGAAAGCACAAGGGAGAUCCCGAACUGCACGAGUGUCUGAAAACUUCAGGAAAGAAGCUGGAGGCAUAUUGUAAUAAUGUGUACAGAGGUAUCACAGUUUUAAAGGUUGACAGUUUUCCUUUUUGCUUUUUUUGUAAUUUCAAAACACUGACAUUGUUAAUAGUUUUCUAAGGAGCUCAGAUUUGCAUGGGUGUCUUGUUUGUUAUGAUCUGUGUGGAAUAUAAGAAUAGACUUAACUACUGUACAAGUUACUGAAAACAUGUUUGGUUGAGAAAUUAGGAAAAUUUGCCAGCAUUUGAAAUUCCAAAAGUUUUGUUCUGAAUAUUACGGAGCAAUGAGCAUAAUGGAAAAUUGGGAGGAAAGCCACUACACCUCUCUCGGGUUUUCCCCACUGCAUUUCCUUUGAACAUUAUUGAAUUUGUUAGCCUGAGUCAGAUGGCUUUUUCAGAUUUGAAAAAAGUGGCUUUUAGUAUCAAACAAUUGUGAUUUUUGUUGGCUCAGAACUUAUUUAUGCCAAGUUCGUUUAACUGUUCAAACUGAUUUUUCACACAUUGUGAAGAGUGAAUUUAGUGUCUAUAUUAACUUAAUUUUUAGGUUUUUAAUCUCUUCAGUAGGUCAUGUCAUUUUUAUAUCCGUUAUAACUUGAACUGAGGGAAAAAAAUUGCAGCUGAAGCAUGCAAACAAGUCAACAGUGUUUAUAUCCCUCUCUAUAUUACAGCUUUGCCUUCAUGUGAGCAGUUCUACUCUGCAAUCUUCUAAAUUGGUGGUUGUUAAAAACAUUUCAACUUUUAAUUACACAUUUCUCUUGCUUAUCUAGCCUUCGUCUAAAGGCGAAGAGAUGUGGACUAAAAUGUGAAUUUUUCAAAAGUGAGAUACCUUUCCAAAAGCACUGUGAUACAACGUCAAUUUGAAGGCAAGCUUUUUGUACCUCUAUAAAGCAGGAAUAUAGCUAUUAAGAAUCAUGUCUCUAUAGCAAAGCUUUUUUUGGAGCUCAAACUUAGUUAAAAGUCCAU